GGUUUAGCUUGGGUUGGAUUUGCUCUAAGCUAUUUGAGCUCGAAUUUUAGUUCAAGUUAAAGAUUGGGUUCGUUUUUAUAAAUAAGUUGAAUUUGAGCUGGCUCAAACCAAAUAUAAAGUAAAUUGUUUUCAAACUGAGUUUGAGUCUUAGUUUGUCAAUCUCAAAUUGACUUUUUAGGAUUUGAGUCAAUUUUGAACUUGGUUUGGAUUAAAUCUAACCCUAGGUUUUUGAAUUCAAGUUCGUGAAGGUUUUUGUUUUAAAUUCAAGUUUCUGAGUACAGUAAAGUUGCAAAAUGAGUAUUAGAGAUGUUCUCUUUCCUGCUUGUAAAGAAAUUCUGUACCUCAAGUCAUGGAAAGUAUUAAAUUCUUUGAUUGAACUGUAAGCUUAGAAAAAGCGGCUGAAGUUUUCCAAAAACUCUAACAAGAACCAAAAUGUGGACAACUUUUCAUCCCAAGCUUCCCCAUAUAACUCAUUUACAUUUCUCUAAAGCCAAAUCAAAAGCUUUCCAAGAACUCUGAAGUAAUGAUUUAUCUUUUGUUUACAAUUGUGUUGACAGAAAUGAGCCUGAUUCUGAUCCUUGUGUUUAGAAACCCUCUAAGGAAUUUGCUGGUGAUGGGGUUGGACAUGGUGAAGCAGGGGACAGGUCCACUGAUUGCAAGAAGUGUUGGAGCAACAAUGGUGGUGGUUUUUACUGCAACCCUGUUCACUGCAAUGGAGAUUCGGAAACGUUCAGAGGAAGGUGGUACAAUCAAUCCAACAGACGAAGUUCUCAUGGCAAACCUCUUUCUUCAAGCAUCCCUUAUGGGGUUUUCUCUUUUCCUAGCACUGAUGGUAGAUAGACUACACUACUAUAUCAAAGAGGUCCAUCUGGUGAGGAGGCAAUUGGAACAAGCAACUAACUUCAAUAAGAAUCACUAAUGAAGCAAGCAACAAGGCAAAAGUUGAACUUCCAGGUUCUGACUGAGCACCAAAGCCGAAAGGUGCUAUCGAAAUAGGUUCUUCUAAGCAAACAUUUAUGCAAGAAUAAACUUUGGACAUGAAUGUUUCUUUGCCUUAAUAAUAAAUUAGAAUUUAUGUUUAAGUUUAUAUUGAAAAUAAAUAAAAAUGUA